UGCGCCUCGUUACCCGUUGGCUUCUGCAAAGUCCAGGACUGCCCUUGACUGCAACAUGCUGACUCGUACACGCACACGCGAACAGCUUGGCCUGGAUGGCAAUGAGUACACGAGUCAGCUGCUUGGCCGACUCGGCAUCGAGCUUGAGGACUUCGACUCCGGUGCCAUCCCCUCUGAAGAGCACUUGUUGGCGACAGUUAGUUCCACCUCUGAGAAAUUCUCUUCCCGGCUCUCUUGGGAGCACAUCCCCCAGCACAUGUGUGUGGGUCCGGAAUGUACGACAGAGCCGGCAGACGUGCUAAGUUGUUGCGCAACCUAUGUGCCGACAGAGGAUCACUUCUGUACUGGAACGAGUCCAGCAUUUGAUCGGCUCAACGGCAUAUUGACAUUUCCUCCUGAGGGCGAUAAUUUACGGCUAUAAUGUUGUCGACCCACCUUGUUUUACGCCGUCGUAAUGUACUUAGCCAGUUCCAGCUACUUGGAAAAGGCUAAUUAAAAAAGGAUGCCUGAUGAUGAAAAGAUGGGUUUUAUUUGGUCCCUCUAAAUAUUGCUACCUUCGCAACGAUUGAAGAUCUAGGAGGGCGUGUGGUCGGAGUGCCCAAAAUAGAAACCGACUUUCCAUCGGAGGACGCAGCGAGAUAUGUUAAGGCUACCUGUAAUCCAUCUCGAUCUCGGGAUAAUUGAUCCCGCAACGUCGAACCAAGCAUAUAAUCUGUUCCAAUUAUCCAAGGGAGGUUCAUCUCACACUCACUGAGGCACAUGCUUCCCUUGACCUUGAGGGACUCCCGCGAAAGCUAUGGACCAAGGGCAGCUCUAAAUGUGCCUGCGACGUCCUUUCUGCUGACGGUGUGCUAGAUCCGACGAUAGUUUGCGACGGUUACCAACUCGUACAAGAGAAAAGUUUGUUUGAGGCUGGCUCACACGAGGGGCAGCAUUGGACUUUGCUAUUUGGUCAGCAGGUCAAUAGCGCCAAGGAAUGGAAUGACAUCGGAACGGAACUGUUGUUAUGUGAGUUAAUCCUCGAAGUCUCAUAGCAUCAUCUCGUAGGAGCAUCUCGAUGCCCUCUGUUUCCCCAUUGAAAUAGAUAUAGAAAACAUCUUCAGGUAAAAUAUAGGUGCCGGCGAGAAGAUGUUGACAGAGCAGCCAGAAAAAGUGGGGUCGGGCCGCUCAUUCUAAUGCUAGGUGCUGCCACGACUGCGUCGCCUCUUGCUAACCGUAUACUUCGCCCAGAAGACUAUCGACUUGGAGACUACACUGCUCCUUCAGAUCGCGUUGUGUUGUGUCUGAACGUGACAGCUUUGCUCACUGGCGAAAUGCAUGUGGACCAAGACACAAUAUUUUCAGCCUCCAAUUCUAGUAGUUUCAAUGAUUCAAAUAGCACUACCACCAGUGCCAUCAACACUGUGUCAACAAGUAGCGCACCAGCGACAUCGAACGCAACAUCUUCGGGGUCAUCUUCA